CUAAUGUUGCUAGGACUGUUUCUGUUAUAUCUAUACCGAAGUAACUGCAGUAACGAUUUUUAGGUUACUUUGGAUCAAUCGUUCUCGUUCCGGAAACAAGGAAAGCUAAAAAAUGUCUAAGAGGAAUCCUGGGGACGAAUAUAGAAAAGGGUCAAGUGUCUACAGAGCAGAGGACACCAGAGGGGACAGCAGAGGAAGGGAUCGUUCACCGCUAAGAUCAGAUGACCAUUGUGAAUCUGGCAACUUUGGCCAUGGUGACGUCAAGAAACAGAAACUUGCAUUUGGGUUUGGAAAAAGACAAACUGGUGCUGAUCAGAAAAAGGGAAUUCAGAUUAAAUUGGGUUCUGUAUCUAAUUCUGCCACAAAAACUACUGUAGUACAAAGACCUACAGUAGCAUCUGUAUUUAAUGCAGACGAAGAGGAUGAGCCAGAAGAAAUGCCAGCAGAAGCUAGGAUGAGAAUGCGAAAUAUUGGACGAGAAACACCUACCUCUGCAGGACCAAAUUCAUUUGGGAAAACAAAACAAGGUUUUUGUGACUCAAAAAAGAUAUUUGAAAAAACAUUGAAGAAAGCAAUGGAAGAAGCUAAUAAAUGAUUUCUUAUUUAAUGUAUUUCUCAACUGUUGUUAAUUGUACAUUAAUUUAAUUUGAAUCACAAAAUUUAUUAGCUUUAAAAAUUAAAAUUAUAUAUAGCUUGUGUUUUAUUCUGUAAGUAAUGAAAGUAAAACUAUAUCGUUUUAUUUCUAAAUUUGUUGCCAAAUUUAAAAUUUCUAAAAUAUUUAUUAGUAUAAAAAAUUAAUGAUAAAAUAACAUGCUUAAUUUGCUUCUUCACAUCACAAAGUUAAUUAUGGUUUUAA